GAAUAAAAAUCCUGCUGUCGCUGACCGUCUGGUCUGGGGGAGGACUUGAGAAGUCAGAAAGAAUAAUCCCUUUCCGUCUUUCCCCAUUUGGACUCGCACGGUCGCACCUAGGUCCUAGCCUACAUUUUCUGCCUUCCUCACACUUCAUUUUCGCGCCAAAUUUUGAGCUUCAUCGGCGUUGCGGGGAGCAGCUCUGCCCUCCAUGGACUCCGAGCCCGACUCUCCAAAAACCAAAAGAACAAGGUACGAAUGUGCUGCAUGUUACAAGCAGUACAAGCAAAGGGAACAUCUUUUCGAGCACAUUAAGGGCUCCUUCCACUCAGUUCAUCAGCCGAGAUGUGGUGUGUGUAAAAAGCACUUCAUGUCUUUUCAAUCACUGAGGGAACAUCUCACUGGUGAGAUUUACAUUGGCAAAGCAUUUUGCAAGACGAUUUUCACUGAACAAGGUUGCCAUCUAUGUCUGAAGCUUUUUGAUAGCGCUACUUCUCGGAGCGAGCAUAAAAACACGUGUUGCCUGUCUGCGCCUACUCCUGUGUUUACCUGUUUGCAGGGAACAACAAUGAUGCCAUGUGCAGAAUCUAAAUCUGAUAUAAACUUGAGCAACGAAGAUCACGUUGGAGGGGGUCUUGAAGCAGUUGCUCUGGAUUGUGAAAUGGUUUGGGGUGGAAGUGAUGGAUCACUGGACCUAUGUGCAAGAGUGUGCCUGAUUGAUGAAGAUGAGAAUAUCCUCUUCCACACUUAUGUGCAGCCCCAAAUUGCUGUCACUAAUUACAGAUAUGAAGUUACUGGGUUAAUGGAGGAGCAUAUUAGAAAUGCCAUGCCACUUGAAAAAGUGCAAGAGAAAAUUUUGCGAAUUUUAUACAGUGGAAAGACCAAGGUUCUUGUGGGGCAUAAUUUGGACCGGGAUAUGGAUUGUUUGAGAUUCAAUUAUCCUGAUUACCUGCUGAGGGAUACUGCAAACUACCAUCCGCUGAUGAAAACAAAUUUGGUCAGCCACUCACUCAAGUACCUCACACAAACAUAUCUAGGGUAUGAGAUACAGUCAGGUUCACAUGAUCUAUAUGUGGAUUGUGUGUCUGUGAUGAGACUGUAUAAAAGGUUCCGUGCACUAGAUCAUGAGAGAGAAGGGAAUCGGGCAUCAGUUGCGACAACAUGUGCAAAAGACAUUUUGGAAAGUUUUGAGUCAUUGAAAACCACCAACCUUGAGGAGAUGGCAGUGAAUGAUCUUUAUGAAAUGUCAACGCCAAAGUACAAGUGUUGGUGUCUGGAUUUAGUGCAAACGUAGAUUCUUACUUGGUGUUUCUACAAUCUUCGGUCACAUUACAUGGGAUUGAUGGAAAGACCUUUACUUUGAAUUUCGACUCUAAAGCUUUUGGAGAUUUUGAUGUAAUAUAAGUUUGUUCGUGCCUCCUUUGCCUUUCUCGUCGCAGAUGGUGAAGUGAAUGAGGACACAGGUUCCUAAGAAAUAUUGAAUUCCCUUGAUACUGUUGAUGAAUUCUAGUGGAAAAUGGUGUAAAACCUGUAGAAUUUAUUAACAGGCUUUGCUUGGGGUCGAAUUUAUUAACCUUUACAGAGUAA